AUGGAGAUUCAGAAAGGAGAGAGCGCGGUCAUAUGUUCAAAUGAUGUUCUUGAGUCACUAUCAGAGAGUAUAGAUGCAGCAAAGAAUCUCAUCGAGAAAUCUCAAGAAAGCAACGGACCAGAAUCAACGACUGAUCUGACAAGCGUUGAGACAGGUCUUGAAGGCGUUGUGAAGCAGAUGGGUGAAACUUUGCAGUCCAUACCUGAAUCAACAUUCGCCGAGGAAGAAUAUAUAGGAGUGGUUAUCCAGUCUCUUUCAAAUGAGAUGCAGAAUGCUAACAUUGGAGAUGGUAGUAAAAAUGAGAUCAUACAGAAUGUGCAGCAGGAGAUUUCUGCAAGGCCUCCACCAGAAUUGGUGUCAGAGCAAAUAGAGACAGAUCUCUAUCCCACUGAUCCUGAAUUUUCCUAUGAAAGUUACAUAAGUGAAUCACAAUCACAAAUGAGCGAAAUACCGGAUAUCCCAAGCCAGAGCACAAAUGUUAGCAGCCAGAGAAAGUAUGCAAGUCUGAGCGAAUCCUUGUCAAUGUUACCACAGGUGACACAGUUCAUGGAGCCUCCAUACCAAGCUUUCAUCUGUCCAUUGACCAAAGAAAUAAUGGAAGAUCCAGUAACCACAGAAACAGGAGUCACCUGUGAAAGAAAAGCAGUAACAGAGUGGUUUGACAGAUUCGAGAACCCCGAUGAGAUUAGCUGUCCAAUCACGGGGGAAAAUAUGACCACUAGAUUGAGUGCUAAUGUUGUCUUGAAAACCAUCAUUCAGGAAUGGAUAGUACGAAACGAGGCAGCAAGAAUCAAGGUGGCUCAUGCAGCUUUAUCAUUGGGCGGUUCAGAAAGUAUGGUUAUCGAAGCAUUAAGAGAUCUGCAAAUGACUUGUGAAGGGAAAGAGUACAAUAAGGUACAAGUCCGUGAAGCUGGGAUCAUUCCGUUGCUCGACAGAUACCUGACAUACAGAAGUAAAGAUGUGAGGUACGAACUAUUGCAGCUGUUGAGGAUGCUGGCAGAAGAAGACACUGACGAUGGCAAGGAAAUGAUUGUGAAGACGAUAACUAUGUCAUGCGUCAUCAAACUUUUGGGAAGCAGUCACCAGUCAGUAAGACAUGCAGCACUAGUCUUACUGCGCGAGCUUUCAAAAUCUCAGCAUGCAUGUGAGAAGAUUGGAACUGCUACAGGGGCAAUAUUGAUGUUAGUUACCUUAAAGUAUAACAACAAGUUUGAUGCCUUUGCUUCCGAAACAGCAGACCAAAUCUUAAGAGAUCUAGAGAAGUUCCCUGAUAACAUCAAACAAAUGGCAGAGAGUGGACUAUUGGAACCUCUUCUCACCCAUAUGGCAGAAGGGAGUGAAGAGACGCAGGUGGUAAUGGCUUCAUACCUUGUUGAAAUUGAUGUUGGUCAUGAGAAAAAACCUUACGUAGCUGAGAAGGCUUGCCCUGCACUCGUCGGGCUGGUGCAAAGUGAAAAUAUUGAGGCUCGAAGAGCCGCCUUCAAAGCUCUUGCUCAUAUCUCAUUGUAUCAUCCCAACAACCAGAUACUUGUAGAAGUUGGCAUCAUCAAGAUCAUGGUCGAAGAGAUGUUCACCAAGCGAAAUUUCAGUGAUCUGAUGAACUCCAGGAAUGAAGCUGCUACAAUACUUGCAAACAUACUUGAAUCUGGGCUAGAACAUGAGACCUUCGAGGUGAAUACCCAUGGCCACACUUUAGGCUCGGAUUACUUUGUAUACAACAUCAUCAACAUGCUCAAGAACUCAAGCCCAGAUGAUCUGAACAUUGAUUUGAUCAGGAUUCUCCUAUCCUUGUCCAAAUCACCCAAAGCAAUGGCAACUAUCGUCUCAGUGAUUAAAGAAACCGACGCAAGCUUUGCCAUGAUAGAACUCAUCAACAAUCCUCAUGAGGAAUUGGGGGUUGGAGCAUUAAAGCUUCUCAUAGCACUUACACCCUACAUCGGUCACACGCUAUCAGAGAGACUAUGUAAAACUAGAGGCCAGCCAGAAAAUCUUAUCCAAUGCCCGGCAGAAGCAAAUCAGAUAACAGAGAAACAUGCUGUUUCAGCUAAGUUACUUGCUAAUUUGCCUCAUCAAAAUCUGACUCUUAACCUAGCACUGGUCAACGAGAGCAUAGUGUCUGAAAUUCUGCAUGCAAUCCAUCUGAUUCAAAGAAGUGGAACACGAACAAGCAGGUAUGCAACUGAUUUUCUGGAAGGUCUCGUUGGCAUCUUAGUGAGAUUCACAACUACACUGUAUGAGCCCCAAAUGAUGUACCUAGCCAGAAACCAUGACUUGACAUCAGUGUUUGUUGAUUUAUUGAUGAAAACAUCAAGUGACGAAGUUCAAAGGUUAUCAGCAACUGGACUAGAAAAUCUAUCCUCCAUAACUAUGACUUUAUCGAGGCCACCGCAAACUAGGAGCACGAAAUUCAUGGGAUCACUGAGUAUGCCUAGGUCCUUCUCCCUCCGUUCAUCCAAAAAGAAGCCAAUAGAGAUCUGCGCAAUCCACAUGGGGGUAUGUUCUGCAAAAAACACAUUUUGCUUAGUUGAAGCAAAUGCAGUCACACAACUUCUAGUAUGUUUGGAGAGUGAUAAAGUGGAGGUGGUGGAGUCAGCAUUAUCUGCUAUAUGCACGCUGUUGGAUGACAAGGUUGAUGUGGAGAAGAGUUUAAGCAUGCUGAGUGGAAUGAAUGCAGUACAACUAAUUCUAAAUGCAGUCAAAGAACACAAGAAAGAGUCUCUAUUGCAGAAAGCAUUUUGGAUGAUCGACAAGUUCUUAAUUAGAGGCGGAGAAAAGUAUGCAUUCGGCAUUUCACAAGACAGGAUGCUGUCAGGUAUGUUGGUUAGUGCCUUCCAUCGUGGAGAUGGUAACACAAGGCAGAUGGCAGAAAAUAUUUUGAGGCGUUUGGACAAGAUGCCAAGUUUCUCUACCUAUAUCACAUAA